CUAUACCUACACCUGCGUACCUUACCUACAAGGACAGUUACUCGAGCAUGACGGAAUCAUGAGCAUACACAGCUAUUACGACUAGGUCAGCUAUUUUUCAAGGCCCAUGAUGGCUUGUAGAAAGUCUGUCACUCUUCAUAAUAAAUUCACGAAAUCUCUCCGGACAAGAUAGAGUUGAGCAUAUAUAUCUACAAAUCAGUAUCCAAGACAGCCAUCUUAAAUACCAUUCAAGAUUGCUAUUUUACAAUGCGUUCCGCUUCCGUUGUCGCUGGCAUGGCUGCUCUCACAGCUACUGCUCAAGGAGGGCCCCUUCCAAGAUCUGACCCCUACGUGGGCGAUAUGAGGACGUUCUCUACGGUAGGCUGUUUGGCCAACAACCAAGGAGUUAGUACCGUUACAGAGUCGAUGACUGGUGCUUGCCAACGACAAGCUGACCCUUUCAGUUCCAUGUACCUCUACAUGAAUAGCGGAUGGGUUUUCCGCGCCCACGGCGACCCAGAAUGUAAGGACGAGGGAAACGUCAUUUUAACAAGCGUUGUUGGACGCCCUUUCGUCUGUAACAAUCACACCAGUGCGUGGACUGCCUACCUGGUCAGCCCUCUUAACCUUGGCAAGGCCUAACAGCUGUACUCUCGACUGAGAGGCAACUUAUAAACUCUUGAAUCAACCGAUGAAGUAUAUGGUAUACGGCCACGGGGAGUAAGGGUCUUUACGUCGUAUUUAAUAACGGAUCUAAUUUAAGCGGCAAAUUGAUAUGGAUUGAAUACAGGGCAUUCUUCGCAGUCCAUCUUUAUAUGAUAUUUAUUGGGUAUUGGGCAUUGGAUACUAUAAGUGGCAAUAUCACUCAUAGGUCAGAUAGACUGUAAUAGCAAGUGUGUUAAUGAGAAAUACACUUUUGGCUCAGCGGUUUGUAUCUGUCAGAUACCUUAUAGGAAACAUCACGGAUUUAUAUUUUAUUAUGCCGUAUAUGUAAUACAGUUUACACAGACCGAUCUUAAGACGAUUUUAUUAUUUGCC